UCUGCGCUGUUUAAUGGCUCAAUAUUUAUUAAACUCCCACCAUGGCCGAGAAAUUCAAUGGUUUUAGCCACGACGAUAUACUCAAAAUAACCGGAGUGAAGGAAGGCGGCAACGGACACAGGCCACAGAGUGCGGAAGCAGCCAAGCAAGCUCUCCGAAACCAGCCCGGCAUUAGGCGCAUGCCCGAUAAGAAUAUCCGGCAGGCAGAUCAAAUGCGAAAGCAGCAGCCCCAAUCUCAAGCGAAGCCUCAACAAGUUGCAGCAGCAAAGAAGACCACCACCAAAUCGGGCAGGAGCACUCCCACGGAAUCGACAGCACCUCCCACGCCAAACACUGACGUCGUCCCGGCUCAAGUUUCACUCAACUUGGACCGUCCGCUCUCCGACUCUCUGGUGGAAGCUCUCUACUAUGGCAAGGCCUCGGCUCCCUCGACGGGCAGAUCUGUUGCUACCACUGCCACGUAUGCGGAAGCUGUUGCUGCUAGUAGUGGUGGCGUGUCUAGUGGCGACGGCGACACCAGCGAAGCGACAAUAGAUGACAGCUCAAUACUGAAGAUAAGCAAUAGUAAUAAAAAUGGCACCAGCUCUGAUGAUGCCGCCAGCAUACUGCCCAGCACCAAAGACUUGUCGCGGGAGGGCCUGAACACGGACUCGCCCUUCAAGGGCGUUUCUCUGCAGGACUUUGAGCAGCAUCGCAAGAUGAUCCAGGAGCAGAAUAAGCAGAAGAAGCAAAUGCUCUAUCAGGCCAUCGAGCAGCACACACAGAAAACGGCAGCGGAGUCGCGCAAAAUCGAGGAAAUACGUCACGAACUCUCCAAACUGGAGAGCGAUCUGGCCGUAGAUGUGGCCAUGCUGAGGAAGCAGAUUGACAACGCUUGCAUACAUUUUGCCAAUGUAGAAAAACAAUAUGUGCGGAUCGAGGCUCAAUUCCUGAAGGCUAAGGUAGACCUGCACAAUGCCUCGGAGAAGAAGGAACUACUGACAGAACAUCUCUGCACUGUCAUAGCCCACAAUGAGGAUCGCAAGGCGCAGAAGCUCACGGAGCUGAUGCAGAAAGUAGGCCUGGCGCCAACCGACGAGCCCCCGACCUCGCCACAGAAUCUGAGUGAAUCUUAAAUUAAAUUAAAUUAAAUUUGUAA